GUCUCACACGAGUUUUGAAUUGAUAAACACGACAUGCAUACACUUGUCUUCCUCAUACAUGUAGCAGUGGAAUUGAUUUCGUCAUCUGGAUACCAAAUCAUAUCUCAGAAAAAGGAGACCAAGCAGGCUAGUGAAAAAUACGGCUGCCAAGGAGCUGAAAUAUGUUACUUAUUCCAAUCUAGUAAUGCUGUAGAUGGAGAUAUCAACACAUGUACAAGGACGAAAGAAAUAGGAUCAAGUUAUACAGUUAAAUGGACAUGGUGGUAUGUUGACCUUGAGAAAGUACUCAACAUCUACAGCAUCAGAAUACAGUUCAAAGACUAUGGAGAACAAUAUGUAAUGAGACAAAGAGGACGUUUUGUUGGUUUCUCACUCUAUAUUUCAAAUACAACUAUAAAAGAGAAUGGGUAUCUAUGUUACAAGAACGGACAGGAGUUACCGACCUUGGAUUUCAGUACAACUUGUGUUAAACAUGGACGUUACGUUAUAUUCUACAAUGAAAGACUUGACGGAACAGCUUAUUCUACCGGAUAUGAAACAAAUAUAGUUUACACUGAAUUAUGUGAAGUAAAUGUAACAGGUUGUAAAGAAUCAGGCGUGUGUGGAUAUAACUGUGAUCUACCCUGUCCAAACAACUGUCAGGAAUUAAGAUGUGACAUUGUCAACGGUACAUGUUGGGGUUGUACUGCAGGAUGGGUGGGAGAAUUUUGUAACACGUCAUGUCCAGCUGGACAUUACGGUCUGCAGUGUGGAUUUUCGUGUACUGGACACUGCAGAGACAACCUCUCCUGUAAUCACACCACAGGACAAUGUGACUAUGGGUGUGGUAAAGGAUGGACAGGAAUACAUUGCAACACACAGUGUCCUGCAGAAUCAUACGGUCCUGAUUGUGUGUAUAACUGUAGUGGACAGUGUCUGAGUUACCUCCCAUGUAACAGAACAACAGGAAGAUGUGACGGAGGCUGUAAUCCAGGAUGUACCGGAGAACUCUGUGAGAAAGAGUGUCCUCAAGAAACAUAUGGUCCAAAUUGUCUGUAUAUCUGUGGUGAACGUUGUCUUAGUGACUUACCUUGUAACUCGACAACAGGAAUACAUGAUGGUUGUUGUAAUUCAGGAUAUACCGGGGAACCCAUUGACAAAGAGGCACCUAAUGCCGAACAUGGUACUCCAGAUGCAUAUAUCUCUGCCUUUUCUAUAUCACUGGUCAUUAACGUCGUGCUUGUUGUUGUCAUUGUCAUAUUAUUGAGGUAAAUAAAAUUGUUUGAGGGUUAUGAAUAUUCUCAAUGAGUC